ACCCUGCAGCGCCAGGACAACGUAGGAAAAGUCGUGGCGAAAUUCCAGGAGGAUGGGCCAAGAAGGCGAGGCUGCAGCCGGCGGUAACGCCAGGCCCGGUUCAGAAUGAAGGCUGUGCUGCUCAGUCCCUCAGCUCUGCAGCUAUGGUUGCAAACGCGACGCGCGAAGAAGCUCCGCUGCAAGCGGCGCCGAGCCCCGGCAAAAGAAAACGCUGGGCCGCCGCCGUCAACGAGGAUGUUACUCCCGAAGACAGGGCUGAGAGCGUCCCAGACAGCGCGGGCAUCCGAGCGCCGCUGAAAAGACUCAAGUGCCCGAGGUACCGAAACUGGAGCUCGGGGUCGAGCGGCCGCUGUGUGCUGGAGCCGUCACUUUGUUCCCGCCCUGCGGAUGCGGACACUAACAGUCCCGCCCUUCCAACCAGCUACUCCCCUCCCCGGCUGACAGCUCACCUCGAUUUACAGUUUCUUAGGGAAUACGGACAGAAAUGCUACCAUGUUAAUCGGGAAUCUGAGAAGAAAUUUCAUCCUCGGAACUGCCUGGCACGUCAGCCCCAGAUAACUGCAGAAGACAGAUGUAAACUGGUUAGCUGGCUGAUUGCGGUUCACAGACACUUUAACUUCUCCUUCGAAUCGAUGUGCCUCACUGUGAACAUUAUGGACCGUUUCCUUCAAACGACCCCCGUGGCUUCAGAUUGUUUCCAGCUUGUCGGAGUAACAUCGCUUCUCCUCGCGUGCAAACAAGUUGAAGUUUACCCUCCCAGAAUUAAACAGCUCCUUUCUCUCUGCUGUGACGCCUUUACCGGGGACCAGCUCCGGAACCUGGAGUGUAUCAUUCUCAUCAAACUCAACUUCGAGCUGCUCACGCCGAGUGUGGACUUCUUCUUAGAGCAUUUCACCAUCACCAGGAUAGAGCAUCACCACCCGCGCAGCCAGGCUGCCAGCUCUGAAUGCCUGGCCAGGCGCCUUAUCGAGCUCAGCUUCGCCGACUACUCUUUCAAUGGAUACCCGCCCUCCCUGCUGGCCAUUUCUGCCCUCAUCUUGGCCGAUCGGAUGUUACAUCCCGGGGAAGGUCCCAGCUUGGAGCUCAGCGGUUACCCGCCCUGUUUGCUGGAGGACUGUGUGCAGAGACUGAAGUUGCUGGUAGCUUUGAACGAAGAGUCACUGGCUCCCUUGCAGGUCUUUGAACCGUCAGACAGAGGGCUCAGCUCUGAAUUUUGACCAUGUUCCCAGCUCCUCACAUUGAGGUCACCUCUGUUUCCAUGCAGCAUUGCAUCAACGUUAAUCAAAAUCAAACAAAAUCACCAGAAUCGACUACAUGUAGGUGAAGGAAACGACUGGAAAUCAAUGUGGCAGUUAGUUUAUAUUUACAGAAUAGAGUUUUAGUUUAGGUGGAACUUGUGGUAAAGUCAGAUUAUUCACUGCAUGCACAUAGGAGUGAUACAAAUAUGUCAUUAAUACGGGAUAAUAGGGGAGAUAACUGAAGUUUGAAAACUUGAUGAUAACAAUAUUUUUAUUGUGAUCAAAUGAAACAUAUCCGACCUCAGCCGUGCAGUUUACUGUGGAAGAAUAGUACUGUAAUCUGUAAAUAGUAUUGUAUGUAUUUCAUAUUUUACAAAGGCACGAUGGAUUUAUGUGACUAAACUAUUUAU